CGGAUCGGUCAGAGAUUUUUCAUUUUUUUAAGGAUUUGGGAAAUUAUAUAAUUUUUUUGGUAUUAAUAGUUGUCAAAAGUAACUUGGCAUGGGAGUUGUGACAGUUUCUAGCUCAGCUUCUCGAACUCCUUUAGGAUUAAGCCUGAAAUUCUCGAGUAAUCGAUCUUCAGUACUGAAGAAACCCUUAAUUGUGGCUUUUAAAGGGGACAAAUCCAAUAAAACUGUGUUAGUUGCACCCCAGGAUCAGAUAAUUUUGCCCGUAGAAACCCGAAAAGAGGUUAAGAGUAGGGUAGGAAAGGCUAAAAAGAGUUCGAACAGAGUAAAAGCCGUGGCUACGGAUGAAGCUUCUACUAGUACCAUGGAAGUGGAUUACAAUGAGGCCGCCGCCAAACUCGAGAACAUAUUCAAGCUUAGCUCCGCGGAUGUGGAGGAUGCGGUUGGAUUGACAAGUAGGGGACGGAGACGGAGGAGUAAGGUUAUUGGGGAAAGUGAUGAGAGAGCAGGAAAGAAGAGUACUACUAGUGAUACCGUGGUUAGAAACCGGAAGAAGAAGGCUAAGAGAUUGAGUCUUCACAAAAGGGUCGAAUUGAAGAGGGACAAGGAAGAGAAUGUGGCUGUUGUUUUAGUUAGAAAGAGGAGAGAGAGUUUGAAUGAAGAGGAGAAGAUUGAGAAGCUUGUGAGGGAGUAUUCAGCAUCGACUGAUUUGGUCAGCUUGGACUGGAAGAAGAUGAAGAUUCCGCCGGUUCUUCCUUCUUCGGAGCAUACGUGGUUGUUCAAGCUGAUGCAGCCUUUGAAGCAACUUUUUCAAGUGGGAGAAGAUUUGCAAAAGACUUUGGGGAGAGAACCAACGGAGAAUGAACUUGCCGAGGCGACUAAUAUAAGUGUGGUUCAAGUAAAAAGGCAUUUGGAGGCCGGUCGAGCAGCCAGAAACAAGCUCAUUAAGCACAAUCUCCGACUGGUAUUGUUUGUAAUGAACAAAUACUUUCAAGACUUCACAAAUGGUCCGAAAUUUCAAGACCUUUGUCAGGCCGGAGUUAGGGGACUUAUCACAGCAAUUGACCGCUUCGAACCAAAGAGGAGAUUCCGGCUUUCUACGUAUGGUCUUUUCUGGAUUAGGCACGCGAUCAUACGUUCCAUGACUGUUUCAAGCUUUACUCGUGUCUCAUUUGGCCUUGAAUCAGUUAGAGCAGAAAUUCAGAAGGCCAAGAUCGAGUUGACGUUUGAGCUCAAAAGGUUACCGACAGAGGAAGAGAUAAUUGAAAAGGUUGGUAUUUCUCCAGAGAGAUACCAUGAAGUAAUGAGGGCCUCUAAACCAGUUAUCUCUCUCAAUUCAAGGCAUGUCACAACACAAGAAGAAUUCAUCAAUGCUAUCACGGAUGUUGAUGGAGUGGACGGUGAUGACCGACGAAAACCUGCUCUUCUCAGGCUUGCUCUUGAUGAUGUGCUUGAUUCCUUAAAGCCUAAGGAGAGCUUGGUGAUCAGACAGAGAUAUGGACUCGACGGUAAAGGCGACAGAACACUGGGGGAGAUUGCUGGAAACUUGAACAUUUCCAGAGAAAUGGUUAGGAAGCAUGAAGUUAAGGCUCUGAUGAAGCUCAAGCAUCCUGCUCGAGUCGAUUAUCUUCGCCGCUACAUGGUCUGAACCGCAUCCUUCUCCACACCAUGUGCUUUUUAGCAAAACAUCUCUCAACCUCUAGAUGAUACUAAUGGCUACUCUAUUGCUUUUACUGUAUAGUAAUGUACCAUAGUCUGUUGUCAAAAAAUUUGGGAAAAAGAAGAGAAGAAGAAAAGAGAAAUUUGUGAAUAUAGAAAAUUUUAUACCAUGUAGUUUUUGAGAUUGUCCAAACUCAUUACAACAUGGGAUGUAGUAAUAUAUACAUACUUCUUUCUUCUCUUCUGUAUUUUAAUGUUUUAUACAGAUAUAUAUAAUGCCUUUAGAGCCAG